CUGUGAGCGCACCGGCAGAUUGUCGACCUGAGUACGUCACUUCCGGCCUUCGCUCCUUUCUCCGAGCUUCAAUCGGUUGUGUGACCCGCGUGUUUACACACUCCCAGAUGAAGGAGUCGAUAAUGAACCAGGAGAAGCUCGCCAAACUGCAGGCGCAGGUCCGCAUAGGCGGCAAGGGGUCAGCCCGCAGAAAGAAGAAGGUGGUGCACAGAACAGCUACAGCAGAUGACAAGAAGCUGCAGUUCUCCCUCAAGAAACUAGGAGUCAACAAUAUCUCUGGCAUUGAGGAGGUGAACAUGUUCACAAACCAGGGGACAGUGAUCCACUUCAAUAAUCCAAAGGUUCAGGCCUCCUUGGCUGCCAACACCUUUACGAUCACAGGGCACGCUGAGAACAAGCAGCUCACAGAGAUGCUCCCAGGAAUCCUAAACCAGCUGGGAGCUGACAGUCUUACCAGCCUCAGAAGAUUAGCAGAGACCCUGCCCAAACCAGCUGGAGAAAACAAAGCCCCCUUGGUUGCUGCUGAAGAUGAGGAUGAUGAGGUUCCAGAUCUUGUUGAAAACUUUGACGAGGCUUCAAAGAACGAGGCAAACUAACAAACACCAGCGGACAAUACAAGGCUCCUCUUGACAAACUAUAUUUUGACACAUUAGCAGUUUGUAGUUGUUCAUCUCUUGUUAUUGUUCUGUGGCUACAAAAGUUGCUUUUUAAUUGUAACCUUGACAAUUGGGCUAAAACAAGUAAACCGACUUUUUAUGGCAACUGUUA